UAUGUAUUAUGUUACUUAUUAAACAAACAUCGUAAUCUUCAAUUUUCAUUUCUUAAAAGUAUUUUUACAGGUGUGCGUUCGUACAUUUUUGGCCAAGGAAUAGAGGAAUCCCUAUUCCUUUGAAAUGAAAAAUAUGCCUAAUUAUUACUGAUUAUCUGUUGGUGAUUAUCUAUCAAGAUUUCAUCUUUAGAAACUAUUACUAUAGAGCAUCUAUAGUUUUUAUGUACAUUAAUAUGUUUCUUUAAUAUUGAAUUAAAAAAUUUUAACAGGAAUUAUGUUUUAUAAUUCAUAUAUUAAAUGACAAAUUUAAAUAUGAAACGAUAAAUGUGUAUGUUUUAUUUAUACAUGGUAAUAUACAAAUUAUACAUACAUAUAUCUGUAUAUAUUGUUCUUUAUAAUUGAAUUGUAAAAAAAAUAUUUUGAUGCAUUUAAAAAAAUGACAGAAAUAAAUUGGAUUGCAAAACCUAUGAAUUAUAAAACAAUACGAUUUAUAUCUUUAGAAGAAGUAACGGAACAUCCUUUAAAACCUGUUACAAUUAUGUUAAUUGAUGGUCGUAGUGGGACAAAACGUAAUGUGUUACGAAGUACAAGUACUGGUUCUUCAACUACUACACCAACACCAACUCAUACUCCUAUUCCUAAAAAUUCUUUAACUGAUCCAUUAUUGAGUCAUUGUUCCUUUGAUGGAUCUGAUCCUCUUUCACAAUUUGCUAGAGAAGAAUUAGAUCCAUUAUCUAAAAUGGCUGCAGAUGAGUGGGAUUACUCUUGUAUAAUAACUACUGGUAAAAAAUCUGUGGAUACUGCAGAAGAAUUAGUAGAACCAUGGUCAGCAAGACGUACUACAAUAUUGAAUAAGUACACAACAUCAGAGAAGUUAUCAAUAGCUACCAGUUUUUUACCAGGUGGUGAAAAAGUUAUUGUUAAAGUUCAACCAAGUGGUGGAGUUGUUGACAAAGUACGAACAAGAUUAGAACAAUUAGAUGAUUUUGAAGAAGGAUCUCUUAGACAAAUGUUAGAUUUAUCUCAACAACAAUAUACUGCAAGAGUUGAACAACUAAAUAAUGAACUUGUACAAGCUUGGCAUUCAGACCAAAGAGUUAAAGCACUUAAAAUAGCAAUUCAGUGUGCCAAAUUAUUAGUAGAUACAUCUGUUAUGGCUUUUUAUCCUGGCAAGUUUGUUCUUAUCACAGAUAUUUUAGAUAUUUUUGGAAAAUUGGUUUAUGAAAGAUUAAAGAUUAAAGCUGAAUAUUACAAGCCAGGUAGUAAAGUGCCCACAAGUUUACCUGAUAAUUUUACACCCGAUAUGGUACCUGAAAAUGCGAAAGAGACUUGCAGAAAUUGGUUUUAUAAAAUAGCGUCAAUAAGAGAAUUAGUUCCACGUCUUUAUGUAGAAAUGGCAAUAAUAAAAUCAUAUAGCUUUUUAACAACAAGUGAAUUCAAUACAGCUCUCUUGCGAAUAACGCGGAUGAUAAGAGGUAUUGGAAAUCCUCUCAUAGCUGUAUAUGCAAGAUGUUAUUUAUGUCGGGUGGGAUUAGCUUUAAAUAAAACAUCUGAUUUUGAAUUUGUAAGAGAAAACUUUUAUGAUUUUCUUUUUACAUAUCAACAAUUGUUUGGCCAGUUUAUAAAGAAUGAAUUAAUCGAACAGAAUAUGACUUUAUAUUCUUAUUUAAAUCUUUAUUCGCCAGCAUUGGAUUGGAUUUUACAAGUAUUGGUAGCUACGACUUCUGAAAAUUUUUUAGAAGAUGUACUUUCUCGAUGUAAAAAUCAAGCAAAUAGUUCAUUAUUAUUGAAUAGUAUUUUAACAGCAUUUAAAUCUUCAUAUGUUGCGGGACGUGCAAUAGAUUUUGUAAAUUUAAUAACUGCAAUCGAAGAUGAUGGUUUCCCGCAAUAUUUUUUAUAUCGAAGUUUAGGUGAAAGUCUUAUAUUAGAAUCACCACCAAAAGAAGACUGCCAAUCAAUUCUCAAUAUAAUAUGGAAAUAUAUAAUAGAUUUAACAAAUCCUAAUAAAUUCAUGCAUUGCAUUGAAAUUUGGAUUCAAUUCACUGCUAUUCAUUUUUCUGUAAAUGAAUUAAAUCUAUUUUUUGGAAAAAUAAUUGAUCGACUUAAUCCGAAUAAAAGUUUUGAACACCAUUAUCCACAAUUACAAAAUAUCAUUGAAAAAGUAGUAUCUCAUACACAAGAUUUUGAAUCGUUACUUGCUAUGGAUAAUUUUUUACCUCUAAUAGAUUUAUUUCAUAAAGAAAGUAUAAAGGUUGAAGUAUGUAAAACUAUAAUAGAAGGUAUAAGUACACAAACCAGCCCAAUUACCGAUCCUAUUAUUAUAAAUGCUCUUAUGUUCAUUGCAAGAAUAAUGCACGAUUCUGUUAGUGCUCUAACUGUUGAAGAUGAAAAACGACAAAUUGGUCAACUUAUAUGUGGUAUUGUUCAACGUGUUGAUUAUGGACGUGAUUUUGAAAAACAGCUUAAUUUUUAUGCCGAAGCUAGAGCAGCUUUUCCUAAUCUCGAUAGUGUUCAUAUACAACUGGUACAGUGUGUAAAUAGAUUAUCAGUUGAUACUCGAAAGAUCGUUCGUGGACAUCACACAAGAAGAACUUCGGCAUUUGUACGUGCUUGUGCCGCGUUUUGUUUUAUUACCAUUCCAUCAUUAACUUUGGUUUAUACGCGGCUUCAAUUAUAUUUACUUUCAGGCCAAGUUGCACUCUUAAAUCAAUGUUUAGGUCAAGCUGAUGCAUGUUUCAAAGCUGCGUUAAGCUUAGUUCCGGAAAUGCCGAAAACGAUAGACAUAGAUGGAAGACAAAAAAGUUCGCAACCUUAUUUACUUUCAUAUUUAUCGAAUUUUUUAUCCACGUUGCUUGUUGUACCAGAUAGUCCAGAACAUGGUGUUUUAUAUCUCAUGCGAGGUUUACUUAAUGCUGUUCAACGGUGUUUCGAAGAAAAUACAUCAAUGAAAACAUAUUUAUAUUUACGCGUACUUGACUUAUUGUCAACAAUUGUUCAAGAAAAUUAUCCAUAUCACGUUGAAAAGGUCGAUUCUAACGAUAAAUUGUAUGGAUCUGAUCAAAAAUUUAUAAGCGAAGUGAACAAAAUAAGUUCUAAAAUCGUAGAAGAAAUUUUAUCUCAUUUAAAAUAUCUUGGUUCUACCGAUCAACUUGAGAAACAAGCAACUCUUGCAUUGGAGCUUUUUAAUUGCUUUAUUAUCAGAGCAGAUUUACGUGACCCACAAUUAGCGCAUAUGGCUGUAAAUUUAUGGAAUUUAUCCGUGCGACAUGGUUCUAUAGAUUCGAAAAUGAAGAUGAAAAUGAUAGCUUAUAUAGUACAAAAAAGUCAUGACAAAGAGUAUGAACAUUUUGGUGACAUUUUAAGAAAAAUGUUAAAAUAAAUAAAUAUAGAUUAAAUGUAACAAAUAACUGGAACAAAUCAAUGAAAGACUAGAAUUAUACGUUAAGACGAUGGAAAUGGGAAAAAACAACGAUAGAUUAAAUAGCUUUUUAAUAAUUUUUCGGAAGACAUAUUGAUUAUAUAUUAAAUAUUCUUUAGCCAUAGCAACAUCCUGGUUGCAUGUUGAAAUAUAACGUAAAUAUAAAUUUGAUGAAAAAUAUCAAAAUUAUAUUAUAAAGAAUAAUACUUAUUAUAAUAAUAUCAAAUUUCUUUUGAUAAACAAUAAUAAAAUAUACAUUAAUCAUUACAUAUAUUAUAUAAAAUGUUAAAAUUAUUAUAAAAAAAGUAAUAUAAUAACAGCGAUGUAAAUAUAUUCAUAAACAUUCUUUGACGUAUGUAUAAGUAUAUUAAAAUUAUCUAAUCUCUUUAAUUACGAUUUUGGAAGACGAUUUUGGAAGACACGUGGAAUAUGCAUCUCGGCAUAUAAUUCGAUAGCAUUAUUUCUUUAAAAUUAUUGUCCUUUUAAAAUAGAUCGAAGACGAUCCAGAAAUAUAUCGGCAUGUUUUUCCGUAAAUGUCAAGGCAGGUCUUAAUCUUAUCGCUGCGGUUCCACAGCCACCGGUUUGAAUACCUGUCCAACAAGUAUUAAAUUACUUUAGCGUUACAUUUAUCUAAAUUAAAUAUCGAUUACGAUUGAUACAAUAAUCGAAUAUCGAAUAUUACCUUUGCUUAAAAGUUUCUUAAUUAUCACAUCUCGUAAUUCAGGUGAAGCGCAAUUAAACGCAAUGAACGUUCCACGUCCACGUACGGAAUUAAUCAUAGUAGAAAAUUCAUUUUGCAAAUUCAUCAAUUUUUUUAGUAUGUAAUCCCCAACAGUUGUAACUCUAUGUAAAAGAUUUUCCUUUCUUAUCGUCUCUAAUACCGCUUCAAGUAAUAUUAUUUUACUUGGAUCUCCCAUCCAAGUGUUAAAAACACGGAACGAUUGUUUAGGUCUGUAAAUCACAUCGAUCAUAUAUAUUUAGCGAAGAUAGAGGCCAUAAAUUUUUUUUUUUAAACGAUUAAUAAUAGGAAAGAAAUUUUAUACUUUAAAGAUUCGAUGUGAUAAUAACCACCCAAUUGCAUCUUUUUACUAAAGGUUACUAAAUCUGGAGGAAAUUCUAGAUCAAAAUGUUCGUGACACCACAUUUUUCCUGUUGGACCGCCACCCGUUUGUACCUCAUCGAUUAACAAUGCUGCACCAUGCUGAAAAUAUUAUAAUUAACAAUUAGAAACGUUACCUACAUAACGUUACAUUAUAGAUAUUUUAAAAUUUGUAAAAGAUAAUACGUAUAACAUUAAUUAGAAUCGUUACUUUCUUCGUUAUACGUUGUAAUUCUUGAAAAAAUUCAGGAGAUGCGUGAUUAUCACCCCCUUCUGCUUGAAUCGGUUCAACUAUCACACCAGCAACUGGAAUUUUCUUCUCGGUUUUAAAUUUUUCAAAUAAUUCCUCUACCUAAAGGAUAUUGCGAAAAAUAUAUGAACUAUAUGAAAUUAAUUGAAAUAUGAAAACGAACUAAUGAAAAUUAGUAUGGUUAUAUCAAUUAUAUAAUAAUAACAAUCGAAUUAUCGAAUUUAAUAAAUAAGAGACAAUUACAUACAUGGGCUAAACAUCGUUUAUCUUCCCGCUGAUUUUCUCUAAUAUUUUCAUCCAACGGAUAUUUGUAUCUGGGAAACGAUGCUGUAGGCCAAUCAAAAGCUGGGAUAUCUAUCUUGUGAAUGUAUUUACUGUGCGUCGUCGAAAGGGAUCCCAAUGUUCGUCCAUGAAAUGCGCCUAUCGUCGAUAUUGUUAUUGUUCUUUCGAUUCAUUUAAAUGUCGUGUAAAUUUUGUAAUAUUUUUUCUUAUAUUUAUAUUUAAAAUAUAAAUACCUUUAAACGAAAGUAUCGAAAAUUGCGGUGUGCCAGGUAGUUGAUUGAUCAUACAAGUUUCUAUUUCUUCCUUCGUGAACGAACUACCCUUCCUUUGUUUCUCAGCAUACCAAAUAAAUAUAGUUUUAAACGCGUUUUCAUUCGAGCAAGAACCACACAUCAUAGUUGUGACAUGAGACAAUCCUGGUGGAGCAAUCUGUACAUCAUAUAGUAAAUAAAUAAAAAUAUACACGCAA